AUGUCGUACACUUACAGAGACCGCGAACGAGACUGGGACGAGACCCGUCCCGUGUCAAUCAAGCGCUACGUCAUUUCUCCUGAAGACGAGCGUCGAGAUGACCGUCGAGAUGACCGUCGAGACUUCAUGUCGAGACACGAUGACUCCUUUGGCGGCGAGCGCGAGCUGGUGAUCCGGCGCAAAACGGAUCGAGAAGAGCCUGUGACCGUUUCGCGCUACGAGCGAGAGGUGGAGUAUGAGCCACCCACACGCUACGAGAGAGACUACUACGAUCGUGAGUACCUAAAUCCCUACACCAAUCGUCCACACUCCCGGUCCAUGGAUUCCCUGGCCCGAAUGGAGCAGUCCCCUACUGCUACUACCAUUGGCACCCGAAAACAAUCCGUACUUAUUCGUGAAGCCCGCACUUCGUAUACCAGCCCCCGUGACUCCGAGUAUGACGUCGUGCGCCGUUCCGAGGCCGACGAGGACCCGUAUUACUACCACCGUCACCGUCGAGUCCGCGAGUACGACGACCAUCGCUCUCGGCGUGAGCUGAGCCCUGAUGAUUCCGUUUCCCAGACUAGUCGCCGGCGCCGCGGUGAUCGUGAUCAGGACUACAGCAGCGAUGAUAGCAUGGUCUACAUCCGAAAGGAAACCCGCGACUAUGACGACCACCCUCACCACCGUCGUCAUAUGGCAGAGGGUGCAUUAGUAGGUGCUGGUGCGGCUGAAUUGUUCCGCAGCCACAGCAAAAAGGAUGGCGAAGUCAGCCAUGGCGCCAGCCGUAUUGGUAAAACUGUUGGUGCCGGUGCUCUUGGUGCAGUCGCUGUGAAUGCUGCAUCACAUGCUCGCGACUACUACCGCCGUAGCAAGAGCCGCCACCGUUCUCAUUCCUUUGAAGAUGACCGUUCUUCUCAUCGCCACAGCAGACAUGGCCGGAGCCGUCAUAGCCGCAGCCGUAGUCGCUCCCACUCGCACUCUCGUGCAAAGACUCUACUCGAGCUGGGAGUUGGUGCUGCGGCCGUUGCUGCUGGUGUGGCUGCAUUGCGUAGCAAAUCGAAAGCUGGAGACCGCAAAGGCCGAUCUCGCACUCGCUCCCGUUCUCGGGCUGUUAGCCGUGGUCGUUCGGAGAAAGAUGGAGAACAAGGUGAACGCAGCAUGUCUGAGCGCCGCAAGCACAUGGCUGGCGCUGGACUGGCCGGUGCAGCCGUGGCUGGCCUGGUUGAAAAGGUUCGCAGCCACUCGCGCUCUCGCAAGGGUGAGCGCUCCCGCUCCCGCAGUCGCAUGAGACAAGCUCUUCCCAUUGUGGGUGCCGGUCUUGCCACUGCUGCUGCCACCGGUCUCUACGAGAAGCAGAAGAGUGACAAAGAAGAAAAGGAGGGCUCGAGCCGGGGCCGCCAUCGCUCAAGGUCUCGCAGCCGCGCCCCGUCACAGUCCUAUCCUGACCCAGCUCGCGACUCGGCCGGCCUGAUCGAGUACGGCAACGAUCCAGUCGCAGGCAGUAUCCCAUCUGAGCACUACUAUGGUCAGCCCGGUGCGCCCUACUACGACGCACAGGAAGCCUACGGUGCCAGACGUCAUACCCGUAGCCGCAGUCGCAGCCGAGCCCGCUACAGCAGUUCAUCUGGUUCCGACCGCGAAGGUCACCGCCGACGAAGCAAGAAGCACCGCAGUCGCUCACGAGACCUCGCGGGCGCCGCCCUGGGCGCAACAGGGCUCGGCUAUGCCGCACACAAGUACAACGAGCGUCGCAAGUCUAAAGAGCGCGAACGCGAACACUCCAACUACCCCCCUCCACCCGGCGCUGCCCCGCCCCAGCCUUACGCCUACGGCGCUACGCCACCAGGACCGGGACCGGGACCGGGACCCGACCAGUACGCACCUCGGCCGCGUAGGGCUGAUGACAAUGUGAGCAGCUCCACCCUACCUACUGAUGCAAACCACGCGCACAAGGGUCUAAACAUCCACCCCUUUCCAACGUCUCCACACCGGUCAACUAGCCAACCGCCACAAGUCUCGAAAUCCGUCGCUUUCGCCUUGACGGAUCCCCCGCAAGAUCCUGGCUACGAGACUGAUGAUAGUGACUCUACCGUUGAACCAUAUUCAUCUUCGCAUCGCGGAGGUAAAAACUACCGUCGCGAUCGAGAUCGUGAUAGCCAUCAUCAUCUCCGCCGCUCCUCAUCCGUCCCUUAUCCACCUAUGCCCUAUCCCAGUCCUGCUUCCCCAUAUCACCAUCGACAUCACCCAUCAACCCCGAAACACCACGAGGGAAGAGCCCAGAACAAAGUCUCUGAAGCAGACUCUGACUCAACCAUCGACCUACCCAACCGCUUUGACGGGCAAGGUCGUCUUCUUCCCGAGCGGGAUCCUGCUGUGGAUAAAUUCGAGGACCUGGUGAAUAGGUUUACCAAGGUUCUGUUCUAG